UUCUUUUUUUUUUUUGAAGUAGAUAAGACUUUUAUUAUGGAAAGUAGCCUGUAGCCGCCGUGCAAACGGAAGUAUACAUGUGUAUAAUUGAGCAUGUACAGUUGAACACACUGCCUGACACUAUCAUCCAGAAGGCUGCUCUGGUGCGGGGGAAACAUGCCGACCUUGUCCUUGCCUCUUUCAAACCUGCUCAAAAAUAAAGAUAGUUUUAAGAGACUGGUCACGCGCUUUAAGUAUCUACACACUAGAAGCGGGACAUGGUCGGUAAACAGCAGCAGUCUAUGGACCAGACGCUCCUGGGGACCGAAAUGUGUUCUCGUGUCGCGGAGGCAGGGUCCCCUGAGACAACUGACAGCAGGGAACAUGUGCACCAGCUCCAGUGACGACAAGACCAGCUGGCUCUGGUCUGUUUACAAUGAAACCAAACAGCGAACGCAAGAUUUAAUUCCUGUGAUAUCAAGUAACUUUGUCAACCCAGACACCAUAUUUGCCAAUAAUCAGAUGAGUCUGCAGGACAUUGAGAUCUAUGGCUUUGACUAUGACUACACACUAGCUUUCUACUCCAGUCACCUUCACACACUCAUUUUCAACAUCGCCCGAGACAUCCUCAUCGAAGAGCACAGGUAUCCAGAGGGAUUGAGGGAAUAUGAUUACAUCCGUAAUUUUGUGAUUCGUGGUCUGCACUAUGAUGUCCAAAAGGCCUUACUGAUGAAGAUUGAUGCCUUUCAUUAUAUCCAGCUGGGUACUGUGUACAGGGGUCUUAAUCCUGUGCCAGAAAAGGAGGUCAUUGCGAUGUAUGAGGGUUCCCACGUACCCCUCGAGAUCAUGAGUGACUUCUAUGGCAAGAGCUCUCACGGUCACACCAUGAAGCAGUUCAUGGAUAUCUUCUCCCUGCCAGAAAUGACUCUGCUGUCGUGUGUUAAUGACUACUUCCUAAGGCACAACAUCGACUACGAGCCUGUUCAUCUUUAUAAAGACGUCAAGGAGGCCAUUGGAGAUGUCCAUGUCAGAGGGAUUAUGUAUCGAGCUGUAGAGGCUGAUAUCGAAAAGUACAUCUGUUACGGUGAACAGACACAUGCUGUUUUACAGAAGCUGUCUAAGAAUGGCAAGAAGAUGUUUUUAAUAACCAACAGCCCUUUUGAUUUUGUAGAUCGAGGCAUGAACUAUAUAGUUGGGAAAGACUGGCAGGACCUGUUUGAUGUUGUCAUAGUGCAGGCCGACAAGCCAGGCUUUUUCAAUGACAGGAGGAAACCAUUCAGACGAGUCACUGAUAAAGGUGUGUUGUUAUGGGACAGAAUUCACCACCUUGAGAAAGGGCAGAUCUAUAAACAGGGAAACCUGUAUGAGUUUUUGCGGCUCACAGGAUGGAGGGGCUCAAAGGUUUUGUACUUUGGAGAUCACAUUUACAGUGACCUUGCCGACCUGACCCUGAAACACGGUUGGAGAACAGGAGCUAUCAUUCCUGAGUUGCGUAAGGAGAUCAAAAUCAUGAAUACUGAAGAAUACGUCCACACCAUGACCUGGCUGCAGGCCCUGACCGGACUUCUGGAACAAAUGCAGGUGCACCAGGACCCUGCGUCACAAUCAGUGAUCCAGCAGUGGAUCAGUGAAAGAGAGGAUAUGAGGUUACGGACCAAAGACAUCUUCAACGGCAAGUUCGGGAGUCUUUUUCGCACGUACCACAACCCGACCUACUUCUCGCGCCGCCUUUCCCGCUUCGCCGACAUCUACAUGGCGUCCCUCAGCUGUCUGCUGAACUACGACCUCCAGCACACCUUCUACCCCCGACGCACACCCCUCCAGCACGAGUCUCCUAUCUGGCCCGAGCAGACCAGCUUCCAGAGCCACAGGACAACCAGCGGGUCCCAGAAAGAGACUUAAAGACAGAGGCUUUAAAGUGUACGUACCACAGAACAGCCACGGUUAGAUGAUGUCUUCCAUCAGAUUCAGCAUGUAGUAUUGUUUCGAUAAACGUAGCUAAAUCGUUCCAGUAGGGGUACUCGAUUAGAGGUGAAGGUCUCACGCAUGUUCCCUCUCAUCCCAUGGCAAAGGGAUUUUUAAUUAAAUGCAAUAGAUUUUAUCUUAUGUAUUUACUCAUUUCAUCUGACUCCAUAAAAUGAAAAGAUUUUUUUAAUGAUAGGGAAGGAGUAUGUGUGUGAAAGGUGUUCAAAUGUUAAUUUGAAAGCAAGGUUCUUCCUCUCAUAGACCAGUUUCCAGUUUUCCAGUCUUACAAACGUAUAAACAAGUCACUUCAAAUAAUAUAAGUCUAGUGUAGAUCUGCGCUGUGGUAAUGAAAUCUGUCUAUCCCUUCAUUUUAUUUGUAACCUUUUUAUAAAAUGUAUGAAAAUGGAGUUUACAUAAGGGAGCACUUGAGGAACUAGUUUGUGCUGUUUUAAUGUGCCUCGGAUAGAUUUUAUUUUUAAAUUUUGUAAGUCUUUCUUUCAUCAUUGGCCUUCAUGAAUCCAUCUCUAUUAAGCGUAUUGAAAGAUUAAGGGAGUGGAUACUUGACUCAAUCAAACAUGUUUUCUUUUUUUCAAAGUGAAUGUACAUAUUGAAGAGUUAAAGUUGAUUCUGAGCUGAACCUGGUUUCAGAUAGCUAAUGAAGAACAAAAGGGAAACUCUCAGGAAGAUAGACGGACAGUAUAUUUAUCUUGAAAUUAUCAUAAAAAUAACUUCAGUGUUUAAUGGCGUGGCGAUGGCGCAGUGGAUGAGACACAUGCCUUUGGUGUGACACCGAUGUGUCCCUGAGCAAGACACUUAACCCCUAGUUGCUCCAGUGGCGUGCAACCUCUGCCAUAUAUAGCAAUUGUAAGUCGCUUUGGAUAAAAGCGUCAGCUAAAUGAAUAAAUGUAAAUGUAAUGUUUUAAAAGCCUUACGUACUGUGUUUUAGCAAUAUAUGAUGAUAAUAUACAGUGAAAAAAAGUGAAAAAAAUACACCACUCAAAACUAUGGGGUCAGUAAGAAUACAUUGAUCAAAAGUGACAGACAUUUAUAAUGUUACAAGAUAUAUUCAAAUUAUUGAAUGCAUUUUACUCCUCAAUAAUGACUGCUGAACAUUCAGCUUUGCCUUCACAGGAAUAUAUAUAUUUUUUAAAUAUAUUAAAAUAAAAAAGUGAUUUUAAUUG